AUGAAAACUGUUGAAGAAGCCAGACGGAGAUGGGAAACUCUUCUCGGUUAUGGCAGGAAUACACAUGAUCUGAAACAAGCAGUCAUAUCUGGAGACAGCGAAAACCCUUGCGAAAAUGGUCUUCGAUCGGUGUGCUGGAAGAUCUUUCUGCUAUGCGACGACCUUGAUCGGUCAAAGUGGAUAGAUCGGCUUACAGACACACGCAGUGCUUAUGAUUCACUAAAGGACCACUUUCUCAAAUACAUAAAGCACCCGAACGAUCUUCAAUCUACAGUUGAUCCGCUCGCCGAAGACGAAGAGUCUCCCUGGCAGGCUUUACGCCACGAUGAAGCCACUAGAGCCGAGAUUUUUCAAGAUGUGGAAAGAUGUUUGCAGGACAACUGCUUUUUCCGCGAACCUUCAACAAAGUCGAUGAUGUUAGAUAUACUGUUCGUUUACUCAAAACUGAACCCCGAUCUCGGAUACAGACAAGGAAUGCAUGAAUUGCUUGCGCCGAUACUAUGGGUAGUGGAACGUGACGCAGUUACCCAGUCCUCAAAACAUAUCCCAGUCGAUACAACGGACGAUGAAAGUGUUAUGUUGCAGCUCCUAGACGCCAACUACAUUGAAAGCGACUCAUUUAACCUCUUCUGCAGUGUCAUGCAGGUUGCACGGUCAUUUUACGAGCACACCGACAAUAGGCCAGUCAAUGGCGAAGCAGAGAUGGCACCUAUAGUAGCACGCUCUGAAUUCAUCCACAACGAACUACUCAUGGUUGCAGACCAUGAGCUAGCCAUACACUUGAAUACCAUUGAGAUUCUACCCCAGAUAUUCUUGACUCGUUGGAUUCGUUUGCUCUUUGGUCGAGAAUUCUCCUUCGACGACACAUUACUGAUUUGGGAUCUACUUUUUGCAAAUGGGUUGAGGGCAACUUUGAUUGACCAUAUCUGUGUUGCAAUGCUGCUUCGAAUUAGAUGGCAGCUUCUGGAGGUAGAUUACUCAUCUGCUUUAACGCUCCUAUUACGCUAUCCCGCCCUUAAUGAUCAUGGUCCACAGACACUGGUUCAUGAUGGACUAUAUCUGGAGCAGGAUCUGAGUCCCGCUCGAGGAGCAUUCCUUGUAUCUAAAUAUUCAGGUCAACCUCCACAGCUUGCAAGAGAUCCACUACAACAACCGCCUAGGGAGCCAUCUCUGAAAAAGAUUGACCGCCGAAGUCAUUCUCGAGACCUGAGCGGGGGGAGUUCGUCUGGCCAAUCCCCAGCUAGAAAUAGUCAACGAACACUCGAAUCGCUGUUCCAAGAUGUGUCUGAGGGACUGCAGCGCCGUACAGAAGGGUGGGGUGUUGCAAAGGCCGUGCGGGGUGCUGUCAGCGAGGCAAAGCGCAAUAUGGCGAAUGCCGAAGUUGGAGGUAUUUCGCCUUCAAGGGCCUGGCGCGGUAGCCCUCGAUUUGGGACUCCCAGACUCAGGCGGCCAAGAACCUCGGACCCGGUGGACUUGGUGCAACAGGUGGCUUCUUUGAAGAAACGAGACAACAGCCUUGCAGGAUUGCUGUCAGAAGCGAUACAUGAUCUGAGCCUUAUCAAGGAAUAUACAGUUGACCUUAAUCCCGAGGCUAUGGAAGCACUCGAUAGAGCCGUUGAAAGGAUAAAGAAUGUUCAGACAGAGCUUCAAGGGUCGAGCGGAUCGACCAAAACUACAUCUACACCAACAACAAGUGUUGAGAAGGUCACUUCUGAUAAGCCGGGAUUACUCGAAAGAGAAGAAGAAAAGCAAGAUGCAAUCGAACAGAAAUCUACGGAGACGACGGCGCUUGAUGAAAAAGAACAAACCGAUACGAAGGCAGAAACAUCUAACGCAGACACAGAUUUUGAGCUAGUUGCACCUUCAGCCUCUCCGAGUGCACCUGACCCUCCUCUAGCAUCUCGCUUCACGCCCACACCACUACCUCGACGGCCUUUGGCUCAAUCCGAAUUCUCAUGGAUGUUAGGUGACAAUACACACCGAUCCAGUUUUGUCAGUUCCGCAUCGCUUCCCCCAGAUCAAAGCCGACGGAGUGAAUCACGAUCGCGACAAGGAUCUCUUUUUGGAGAUGGCCGAGAUGAGAAGCGAGAACAGACUCAGAGAGAUGAAGAUAGCCUAUCCUUGAACAGUUUCACAUAG